AUGUUGACUCACGCUAUUUCUAAAUCCAUCUCUAUAGUAACCAUUCUAUUAGUUAUACAAGCUUUCUAUACCACAACAAAGGCUCAAAACUGUGGUUGUUCGCCAGACCUAUGUUGUAGCCAGUUUGGAUUCUGUGGUAACACUUCAGACUAUUGUGGUGUAGGUUGUCAACAAGGGCCUUGUUUUGCUCCUCCUCAUGCAAAUGAUGUGUCCGUGGCUGAGAUUGUUACGCAAUAUUUCUUCAGUGGAAUCAUCGGUCAAGCAGAGUUUAGUUGCGCAGGAAAUGGAUUCUACAGCCGAGGGGCUUUUCUUGAGGCCUUAGAGUCAUAUUCUCGUUUUGGUAGGAUUGGAUCGGUCGAUGAUUCUAGGCGAGAGAUCGCUUCAUUCUUUGCUCAUGUCACGCAUGAAACUGGACAUUUCUGCUACAUAGAAGAAAUAGACGGACCCUCAAAGGACUACUGCAACGAAAACGCAACGCAAUAUCCAUGCAAUCCAACCAAAGGCUACUUCGGCCGUGGACCGAUCCAGCUCUCAUGGAACUUCAACUACGGACCAGCAGGAACCUCUAUUGGUUUUGACGGCCUCAAUGCACCAGAAACAGUAGCCAACGAUCCAGUCAUCUCCUUCAAAACCGCCUUAUGGUACUGGACCAACAGAGUCCAACCCGCUCUUCCACAAGGCUUUGGUGCAACAAUCCGCGCCAUCAACGGCGCUUUGGAGUGUGAUGGAGCCAACAGAGCCACCGUUGAAGCUAGGGUUCGUUACUAUACUGAUUAUUGUCGUCAGUUAGGUGUUGACCCUGGUAACAACCUUACAUGCUAA